UGUUCCUCUUCCUCCUUAGCAAGCACCGCCUCGGGAAGGUCCCCGCCUGCCCGCUGGGUUGCAUUUUCCCGCCUUGCUGGAGAAGUUGCCACGGGGAUCUUUGGUCUGAGCUUAAAGCAUGCUGACAACAAAAGUAUUCACUCUGGUCCUGGUGGUACAACCACAGCGAGUCUUGCUGGGCAUGAAAAAACGUGGAUUUGGGGCUGGGCUCUGGAACGGAUUUGGAGGGAAGGUGCAGACUGGCGAGACAGUUGAGCAGGCAGCAAAAAGGGAGCUACAGGAAGAGAGUGGACUGAUGGUGGACACCUUGCAGAAGAUGGGACAGAUAACUUUUGAGUUUGUGGGCAACACUGAGCUGAUGGAAGUCCAUAUUUUCCGCACCGACAGUUUUCAAGGAGACCCCACGGAAAGCGAUGAAAUGCUUCCACAAUGGUUUGACCUGGACCAGGUGCCUUUCAAGAACAUGUGGCCAGAUGAUAUCUACUGGUUUCCUCUUCUGCUCCAGAAGAAGAAGUUCCUUGGCUACUUUAAGUUCCAGGGGCAGGACACUAUCUUAGAAUACACCCUGAAAGAAGUGGAGAAGAUAUAAGAGGAGACCAAGGACGUUAAGCACUUCAAGGCCGAGAUUUGAACCACUGGCAAUAUUGGCCGAGAACCAAGCAGUUAAGAACUUGACACAAAUGACCCUUUCCAUCAGCCCCACGGCGAAGGAAACAACUCUCUCCCGCAAGUGUGAGGCUAGCAACAAAGCAGGGCAGCUGCUCUCUUGCAGGAGACAAAGGGCAACACUUCUUAGGCAUGCACAACUGCCUAACUGCCAACUGUUCCUA